CAUGGGCCGGCGCAGGAUGGUCUCGUAAUGGGCAACAGAGUGCCGAGGACGAGCAGCCAGCAGGACUGGCCUGCCAUCCGCAACCAGAGCCUUGACGUCAUUCAUCGAGAGGGGAGAGAUAGCCUGCACAAGAUCAAGGCGGUCGGCAACCUCAGGAUCAGCGCCCGGUUCCUCUCGCGCGUCGACUUCGAGCCGGCUGUGCUCCGCCGCCGCCUCCGCCGCGCCCUGCACGACACCCAACUCGCCGACGGGACGCCGCUGGAUGCCGUGGUGACAUUCGACGUAGACAAUCUCGGGAGCAAGCUGCUGCUGCAGGUAUGGGUGCCUUGUACGCGUGGGAUGGAUGGAUGGAUGGAUGGACGGACGGACGGACGGACGGACGGAUGGACGGAUGGAUGGAUGGAUGGAUGGAUGGACGGAUGGACGGAUGGACGGAUGGAUGGACGGAUGGACGGAUGGAUGGAUGGAUACUCUGUGUGUGUGUGUGUGUGUGUGUGUGCAGGCGUGGUGGCUGGUGGAGGGCCAGAGAUGGGACGAGGCGGCCGACGCACUGCGGCUGGCCCAUCAGCUCACCUAUUGUGAGCUGCCGGUCAUCGUCACACAGCAAGAUCUCGAGAAACACCGUAGCAAACAGGUGAGUGGGCUGAUAGGGGAGGGGGACGGAUGGGUGGCACUUAUCUUUCUGUGUGUGCUGUGACGGAUGUGUGACGUCAGGCGUAUUUGGCUGAGCCGCGUGUGGUGGCGCUGUGGAAGAUGCUCGGCCGCUAUGUCGACUUUGGUGGCGAGCGGGGCAGAUUUGAGCUGUUCGACCACGGCAAUGGCGACCUGCGGGCAAUCACGGACGACCCCGAGUACCGCCUCGAUCUGACCCCCCUGCCCCCCACCCACGCCUACCACCCACACGCCAGCUCCCACAACCCCCCGUCAGACACCACAUCGUCGGAUACGACGACGGCUGCUACACUGACAUUGAUGACAUGAUCAC